AUGAAUAAUAAAAAAAGUAAAAUUGAAACCUUUAACUCCGUGUCUGAUUUAGUAAAACACAAAAAAAGUAAAAUUGAAACCUCAACCUCUGUUUCUGAUUUAGUAAAACCCAGGAAAAGUAAAAUUGAAACUUCUGCCUCCAUGUCUGAUUUAAUAAAAUCCAAAAAAACUAAAAUUGAAAUCUUUACCUCUGUAUCUGAUUUAAUAAAAUCUAAAAUGGCCAAUUCAAUAAAAUCAAAAAAACCAAAAAUGGCCGAUUUAAUAAAACCCAGAAAAAGGUAUUUGUAUCCAUGCCACUGUAUUCGUUAUGACGGCGCAGAGGUUGAUUUUCACACUCAAGAAAAUCAUACAAAUGAUGAAAGUUUGUGGAACUCAGAGGAUACUAGGAAAAAUCAGGAAGAUACUAUUACAGCGAGAAAACAAAAAAGAUUAAUUAUUAUUCAAGAUGUAAACCUUACAAAAAAGUGA